AUGUCGCCGGUGCUCCAAGAACAGGCUCGACUGUGUGUAUUCUCCACUUCGGCGGAUGGUGAGGCCAAGGAAGCCAUCUGUUGCACCAUCUGCUGCACAUCGGGUUCGUCCUCGUCGUCGCCCAUCACUGCCACCACUCCACGGUCACAGUCACAGUCUCAGUCACAGUCACAUGACAGCCAGCGUCGACGACAUGCCACCACCACUCCGAGUCCCGUGUCUAUGAUGCAGCCUAAACCUACAGGCUACGCCCCGGACGGCAUAGAAGAUCUGUCUGGGGCUGGGCUAUCCGUGGGGCUAGAGAACAGUCAUCCCGGCCCCGAUGGGGUUUACGGCGGAGACAUGGUCUUGGGAGCGGAGGAUGACUCCCUGAGGGGUCCGUAUCCUGCCGCAAUACUCAAGGACAGACCAGAGGCAACGUCAUUUGCCAACGACGGGUUCUUCUCAGGCUCACCCGUCUCAACGCAGUCACAGCCGAGAUUGCGGCCGUCUCCCUUGACAACCCUUGUCAGCCUCGAUCCACAGUUCGGGACACAUCAAGGAAGGUCUUCGUCAGAUGGCGACCAAACAAGAAACCAGGCCGGCCACUGUUACCUUGCCAUCCUCAAGCGUCUUGCCCAACUCGAGGCGGCUCUCGAUGCAGGCCCCACCCCGCCUCGACGUGAUCCUAUCAGCAGAACGCGACACAAAGGCGCUCAAGGAACGGAUCUUUUCCUGUCAAGGCCAUGGACGUCACGAUCACGACAUGGUGGGCAGCCCGGCAGCCACGGCGAGACUAGAAUGAGGCAGUGUGCGAAAGGCCAUGCACCCGAACUAUUUGACUGCGAUACAGCAACUGUCGGUCUGAGUGUGGACCAUUACACGUUCAAACAUUAUCAUUCCUAG